CACCUCUUCUGCUAUUUCAUUUUCAGAGACAAGAGAAAUUAGGGUUUGCUCGAAGCAGAAGCAGCAAUGGCGGCGAAGCAGAGAACCAAGAGGGUUACCAGAAACCCCGAUUUGAUAAGGGGAAUCGGAAAGUACUCGAAGUCGCAGAUGUACCACAAGAGGGGUAUCUGGGCUCUCAAGGCCAAAAACGGCGGCGCUUUCCCUCACCACGAUCCCAAACCCAAACCUGAAGCUCCUGCUGUGAAGGCCCCCAAAUUUUACCCUGCUGAUGAUGUUAAGAAGCCCCUUCUUAACAAGCAUAAGCCUAGACCCACUAAGCUCAGGGCUAGCAUUACUCCUGGGACAGUUCUGAUUCUUCUUGCUGGGAGGUUUAAGGGAAAGAGGGUUGUGUUUUUGAAGCAGCUUCCUUCUGGGUUGCUUCUGGUAACUGGUCCUUACAAGAUCAAUGGAGUUCCUUUGAGAAGAGUGAAUCAGUCCUAUGUGAUUGGCACAUCAACCAAAGUAGAUGUAUCUGCUGUUAACGUGGAUAAAUUUGAUGACAAGUACUUUUCAAAGGAAGCCCAGAAGAAGAAGAAGAAGGGAGAAGGAGAGUUCUUUGAGGCAGAGAAAGAGGAGAAAAAUGCAUUGCCUCAGGAGAAGAAAGAUGACCAGAAAACUGUGGACUCUUCAUUGAUAACAGCCAUUGAGGGUGUUCCAGAGUUGAAGGCUUAUCUCGGUGCUAGGUUUUCUCUUAAGUCUGGCAUGAAGCCACAUGAGCUACUCUUCUAGAGGAAAGAAGGUUGCUACACUUGUUUUUCGUAUUUUGUUUUUUACUGAACUCAGUCCUAAUAGUUGCACUCAUAGUUUUCUUGGGAACUGACAAAUGAAGAGCGAAGUUUUGAUAGGCAAAGGAUUGCAUCAGGAUGUGCUUUCCUGCAAUUUUACUCUUGUGAACGUUCUAUUGGUUUUUAUGAAUUUUAGAUAUGUUGUGA